AUGGCCGAACCCAUGGUCAUCCUCUACCCAGCAACCUGUCUCACCUUCACAGCCAUAUUCCUUGUUUCCCUCAAUCGAGAAUCGAUUAUCUAUGGUCUAAUCCGCUGUGCUCAACUUAUCCAUCUCGGAAACGACUAUAUCGAACUCCAUAUUCAAACCGACGACACCGAAUUCGAGUCCGAACUCAAAGAUCUCGAAGAUCAAUGGCCCACCCCACGAUCCCCAAGCGACAACAGCUACUCCACCACCCCCUCCUACCCAUCAUUAAUAUCAACCGACGAUCCGAACUUCCCCGCAUCGAGCCCCAGAACCCCGCUGGGGAGGUACUUCGAUCGGGAAACAGGGGCAAUCUACCCACAGGUCCUGGAGCCGCCGACACCGUCGUGGGAAGUGGAGUUGAGGAUGCGGAUUGAGAGGGGGGUUGGGUUAGAGGCGUCUUGGGAUCGUGCGGUUGAUUGUAUGGUGGGGUUGUUUGUGCGGUUGCAUGUUUAG